CCGUUAUCCACGCUUCCCAAGUGAAUACGCACAUACACACAGACCACACGUAGACUAGAGCCUACCACAAGCCUAUCGCGACCAUGGCCCGAACACAACUGCACUCAUUUCUGUUGCUCGCGGCCCUCCUCGCUCGCGCCCACUUGGCGGGGUCAGCGAGGCUUGCAUCUUUCCUUGACAUCGACAGUAAACCUGUACUUGACAAGGCCGUAGACAACAGCCAUGUGGCAGACGAUGCCAGUGCGGACGAGCUCCUGGAGAUGACGGAUUCACUCGCCGCGGACGCAGCGAACGUUGUGCGCCGGUUCCUGGAGACAGGCGCGCCCACGUAUCCCGGUCCCACGCCCAGCCCAUCGCCGAGCCCGAGCCCGAGCCCCACGCCGACGCCCAGCCCCAGCCCAUCGCCGCCGCUGGUGCAGGUCGUGGAGACCGUUCUGAACGUGUCGUAUGACCUCAAGUCGGUGUCAGCGGAGAUUGUCCUCAACAGCACAGAGGCGGUUGUUGGCACCGUAGUGGACAUCGUUGCCCUGGUGCGCGAAAGCAUUGCGAAGACUCUCGGCAUUAACUUCACGCAAGUCGUCAUUAAAUCAGUGUCCGCGCGCAUUAACGGCGUGGACCAAGUCAUCGCGGGGGACUGGAACACUCUGCGGCGGCACCUACUCCGCCGCAUGGCCCUGGAAGAGCUCCCCGCCCCCGCCCGCAGCCUGGCAGACUCCCUGCCCGCCCUGCACGGCGCGCCCGGCGAGGUCUCACACUGCGGCAAGCCCCGCCCCAUCAGCCUUGCCGAGGCCGAGCGAAUGCUGGCGCAGGGCUCGGCCCUGACGUACUCGUACGACGCGCGCCGCAUGCUUCAAGGAUCCGGAUCUGGAAACUCCUUCUCUCUAGACGCCAUCAACAUUGACCUGAGCGUCGUGCAGUACGUGGAGGUGCCGGUCGAGCCGUCCAUCCCGCCGCCCACCACCAACGGCACCACCAACGGCACCACCAACGGCACCUCGCCCUCGCCGCUGCCGCGUCCCUCGCUCAUCCCCAUCAACACCACGGCGCUCACGCAGAUUCUCAACGCCACCACCAUCAAUGCCACCGUUAUCCAAGCGCCCUCGCCCACACCCACACCCACACCCACGCCGCCGCCGCGCGUGCUUUUCGCUCGCUUCAAGGGUGCCAUGGCCGACGGAGUCUACACCAAGGGCCUGGAGCCCGCCAACGCCUCGGGCGUGGCCCCCUUCGUCAUCUGGCGCGAGGACGCGGACUUUGACAACUGGCGCCGCCCUCGCAACCGAGCCAACCUGGUCCACGAUAAGCACCUGAGCUGCGGCGCCAACACCGUGGGCACCUGCACCACCUGCCCUCGCGCCUGGCAGGUCGGCGCCGACAGCACCAACGCCACCAUCCUCUUCCGCGAGCCGAUGCAGCUUGACCGCAUUAUCAUCAAGCAGCUCCAGAAUCCUGGCGUGCUGACCGUCCAGCUGCUGCCCUGGCCCGCGGUGCGCAUCCCCGGCCUCAACGCCACCGCGCGCACCGGCACCCUCGGCCGGCCCAUCUGGUCCGUGACCUCCGACAGCACCCCGUGCGGCGGCAGCCUCACCAUCCCGCUCGGCUCGCGCGCCGGCACCGGCCUGGCCGUGCCCAAGCGCGGCAGCCAGUCGCUUAUCCCCCGCAAGCUGCGCAGCACCACCGUGGGCGGCAUCAGCAUCAUUGUCAAGGCCCAGCCCAAGGACUGCUCCAAGGCCCCCGGCUGUACCUUCAUUGAGUCGGUGCUGUUUGACGGGCGCGUGCUGUACCCGGCCGACCCCGCCGCCGACCCCAGCACUGUGUAAUUGGGAUUGUACGGUGUGUGUUAGAGCGCGCCGUGUUGCGACACCAUAGGACGGCACGGGAACAGGAGGCAAGAGGGAGAGAGGAGAGAGAGUUGAGAGAGAAAGAUGAGUGGAUGAGAGUGGGCCGCAUACAUGGGCCGCGUGUGUUGUGUUGUAUGAUACCGUAUUGCACUGCAGUUAUCCCGGACCUUGACGACAAUAAGUGGCCCUAUAGUUGGGAGACGGUAGGGCAAGGCCUGAGGCAAAGCAAGGCCGCCGUCUGCACGUUCGCUACAGCCUAGAGCAUACUUCUUCAUUGUUAUUGUGAUCAGAGCGUCUAACCCGACGUCACAAGUGACCUAAUAGGAAUUAUUCAUUGAGGGCACGGUGCGAGCAAUUGCCGCGCCCCCAUGAUUAAGAGCGUGGGUUAGGUAAGGUGGGUCUCCGCACCCAAGUUAGGCGCACAAGCGCACGGACCUGCACGGACGCAGCCGGCCUGGGUGCAUUGCCAAUCACAAUAACAGCUGCUGUAGGCUGCGUUGUCUUUGUUAGCUUUUGUUGAUGACGCUGGAGAAGCGGUCAUAAUUCAUUUCCAGGAUACCAAAACACGGAUUUGGCCGCGUGUGUACUGGCUUGUGUGUGAUGCGUAUAUGUGUGUGUGUGUGUGUGUGUGUGUGUGUGUGUGUGUGUGUGUGUGUGUGUGUGUGUGUGUGUGUGUGUGUGUGUGUGUGUGUGUGUGUGCGUGUGCGCAACCCCAUCGUUGCGGGCAUAUUUUGAGAGCAAGUAGUGUGUCGACGGAGACUUGAUUGGAAUUUACUGCAUGACGACACGACCUGUGAUUCAGGCCCAUUGGUGAGAGUGCGGAACAUUGGGGUAGACUGAAAGACCUGUGGCGG